AUGGAGCCGCCGCGGAACUCCGGCGGGCAGGAAGGCUCGAGGCGGCGCACGACACCCUGCGGCGGCCGCGGAAGGCCCUCGAAGAGGCGGGAAGAGGACUCGGACUCCGUCGCGUCACUCGCCUCUACGCCCGGCUCGCCCCGAGGAGGCCGUGGCGCGUGGGUCGAGGCUCGCGCUGAGGCUCCGCGCUCCGCGUCGCCCUCGUCUCCGACCGCGGGCGAGACUCGCCGCCAGGCGCAGCCUGCCACGAAGGCACGGGGAGAGCGAGCGGCUGCGAGGGGGGACGAGCAGCUGUCGACCGCGGGCGCGAAGAGCAGGGCCGCGCGCGAUCCAAGCCGGUCUGCAGGCAGCAGAGGCGCGGCGACCGCUGCCAGGCGCGGGAAGCCCGAUUCGCAGUCUUUUGCCUCUGAGGACGACGAGGCAGGCAGCGAGGCAGGGGAGGACGACGAGGACGCGCGGAGCGCGACAGGCGAGAGAGCCAAGCUCGCCACGCGGGGCGAUUCGCCGUCUGCACGCAGCUCCGACGCCGAGCACGCCUCCUCACUCUCCCUGCCAGCCGAUGACAGGUUCCCCUCCCCGUAUCCCUUCAAGCCUCCUGCCUCCUCCGCGCGGCGCGGCGCGCCUCCUCGCGCGCGCGCGUCCUCCGCGUCCAAGCCACCGGCGUCUCGGCGCAUGCGUCAGCCUGCAGAAGACCGCGAGGCGAGCGUUGCGGCGGAGCGCGCGGAGAGCGAAACUCCGCGCUCCAGCUCUGCUGCGUCUUCUUCGACUCGGACGUCGCGCCGCACCCCCCCUGCAAGUGCCUCGGGCUCUGCGAGAUCCGCGCCCGAUGCAGCCGGGCUGUCCUCCGCCGCUGCAGCGGCCGCGUUUUCGUUUCCCGCCCCCCCUGAGGCGCCGCGCGGCUCCGAGACCCCACGGCUGCCUUCCUGGGUGGAGCACUACGUGUCGGUCUACUGGCGCUUCGCCUCGAGGGACUUGUCGCUCUCUGCGGCGCUGUCAAACAUUCGCGGGCUGCUGCUGCAGGCCGCCGACGCCGCGGCGAGCGGCGAGCCACGCGACAGCGGAGACGCCAGCGAGGCGGCGGGCGCGGAGGGGGAGAGGCGCCGCGGCAAGAAAGGCCAAAAGGGAGCGGCGCGCAGCGCGCGAAAGGCGGAGGAAAGGAAGGAAGAGAAAGAAGAGGAAGAAAAAGAAACGGAGUGGACCGAUUCGGCAGACGUCACGCCAGAGAGGCUGUUGGAAGUCGUCUUCCGCCAGGCCCUGCACCUGUGUCUGUCGCUACCGAAGCUGCCUGAGCGCGAGGGCGGGCGGCUGUGCGCCUUUUUCUACCGCACGCUGGCAAAGCUCGACGAGAUGACCUUCGAAGAGCGACGGAAACGCGCCCACGGACUCGCGAGCCGAAGCGCGGCGGCUGGAAGGCCGAGCGAGCGCGACGGAGAGGGGGGGAACGGGGGGGAGACCCCGCGCACCUCGGGGGAGGAAGAAGAAGAUCCGCGAGCCGCGCAGGAAGAGGCAGACAAAGCCACGCGGUACAGAUUCGUCGAGGCUCUGUGGUGUCGGCUGCUGCCUCAACUCCUCUGUCGCUCGCGCGCGGCGCGCGUCGGCGUGUGCUGCUUCCUGCUUCAACUCGUCGGUUGGGGCAGCGGCGUGGGCAUCGAGGUUGCCGAGAGUCUCCAGCAGAUGCACAGACAGAUUCUUCUUCAGCUGCUCGGAAGAAGCAGAGAAGCUGCGACCCGGCGCAUGGCGCUCCUUCUGCUCGAACACUUCCAAACACCGCAGCCGUCCUGCGUGGUGUGGCGCGCCUUCUUGGGGCACCUGACGGACGAGGCUCCGGCCGUGCGUCGCGCGGCAGUCUCUCGCGUUCUCCUUCUGCCUCUCUCUUCAUUCGCCGAGUCUGAAAAUCACUCGCCAGAGACGCUGGAGUUCGCGGCCUCGGUCGCGCAGCUUCUCGCGCGACGGGCGUUCGACGCUUCCGCCGACGUGCGCGCAGCGGUCUACCGCAGAGCUGCAAACAAUGACAACUCGUUCUCCGUCGAGCAGAAGAGCCUGUUGAUCCUCACGGGCUUGAACGACAAGGCGAAGGGCGUUCGCGAGUUGUGCAGUCGCGCGCUGCGGCGCUGGGUGCAGCUUCGGCAGCCUCAGGAGGACGCUGAGAAGGAAAAGCCAGGCGAUGGAGUCGAGGCGAAGCGCGCUGAGGGAGACGAGAAGGCGCGGGCGGCCCCAGCGCAAGCGGCGCUCCCGUCGUCGCCCGCCGGGGCGGAGGGCGAGAGCCGGGCGGCCUGCGAUAAGGCGCCGGAAGGCGUCGGCAGCGGAGACGGCGCGGAGAGGGAGAGCGAGGCGAAGAGCGAAGGCGACGCGGAGUUCGUGGCGUUCGCUGAGUGCGGACUGCAUCUUCUCGUUGACCAGCUCAUGGACGGCAUGCCCUUCAACGAAACGGCAAUUGAAGUCCUCGUUAAAGAGCUCCUCGUGCGCUAUCCUCUCGACUGCCGACUGGAUCUCCUGCGCGCGAUUCAGAGAGACGGCGGGAAAAACCUCUCCAAGCUGAGUGCAUCCGGCCUCCUCAUCCUCAGGGUAUACAUGCAGACAGUCGCGUCGGAAGAAGAGAGAGGUAACCUGGACGUUCCCGAGCUUCAGCAGUUGCUCGUCAAGCUGCUAGCCGCGUGCAGACAUCGAGAAGCAGAGCAGAAGAAAGAGGCUUCUCACCUCGCAGCCUUCGCGCACAGCGACCCCGAAAAGGCGGCCAAGCUUGACCUCUUCCUGCAAGACAGCGACAAGCACCUGCUGACGCUGAACGUGUGCUUGCGUCAGCUCCUUCUUCUCGCGUGCUUCGUGGACAUCGCAGAGCAGCAGCAGGCGAGACUCCUCGACGAGGCAUGCGAGCAGAUUCUUCUCAAAGUCCCUCUCGGUGAGAAUCGAAAAAAUCGACUGCGCACGCCUUUUGGCAUUCAAUCUGGAUCCGUUGGAGACGCGCAUCGCGCCGCUGUCCCCCGGCUUCGGCGGCUCGGCCUCGACGCCGAAUUGCCUCUCGUCCUCCAUCGGCAGUGCGCUUUGGCCAGGCUACUGGCUGCGCUGCUCGGCGCUCGGGCCUGCGUACAGCUGCUCCGACGGCUUCAGCGCCUUCUGGAGGGCCGUGGCUUCACGCCGCAAAGCAAAGAGGCGCUUGCGCGGUCGCAAGAGCACGAAAGCGCUUUCUCAGCCCGAGUCUGCACGCUGAUCGCCGAAGUCCGCGAACCGCUCGAUGUUUCCUGCGAGGACGCGAACGUCAUGGCGUCGCUGUGGACGAAUGCGGAGGAGUUGGAUCCGCUGACGCUUCCAGUGGGCGCCUCGACGAUGCUGACGCUGCAGGAGCAACACGCAGCGCUGCUUCAGGAGCUCGCAGGUUUGCAGCAGAAGGCGCGGGACCUCUUUGAAGUGUCUUCGUCGUUCCGCGCGUCUCAGGACGCUGCCCUCGAGAACGACGGCAAAGGAAAAAAAAACGCGCGCGAAGAAGGCCAGGAAGGCCGCGCCCACAUGGCGCAGGCUGUUCAACAACAAAUCAGACUCACGCAAAAACAGUUCCAAAAGACUGCGGAACUCGCUCUUGUCCUCAACAACGAGCUGCACACACGCUGGUUUCGAAUUUCGUGCGUACUGGACGCGUUCUUCGCGCGGUCGCAGAGCAACUGCACCGUGGAUCCUGCGCUUUCUGACAUACCUUCCUCGACGCUGCUCCCGGCACUCGAGUUUUACUGCAACGGGGCGGAGGCCUUCUCCUUCUGCGUGACCGCUUGCUGCUGCGAGGCCUGCUGCUCCGCGGGCGGCGCGAGCCCCGCGCGCAAAGCUGAAGAAGAGGAAGACGAGGGGGAGAGCUUUUCCACGUGCUGGAAGGCUCGCGACCCCCGCCUGCAGGAGGCCGCGCUGCAGAUUCGCGGGCGCGCGGCGCUCCACAGCGACCUCUGCGAGGUGCUCGUGACCAAGUCGCUGGGCUGUUUCUGCCUCCUGAGCACGCGGCAUUCCGAGGUUGCGAAGCAGCUCAAGGCCUAUCACGUGUCCCUCCUCGCGAGUCUCGGCGAGCUGCAGGCGACGUCCUCCUUCCUGCAUCAGCAGAUUUCGCUGCAGCAGGCAUGGCUCUUGGAGAGCCGCGAACGCCAGGAGAGACUCGCCCGACGCGAGCGCCGCCUGCUCCAACUCCUCUCUGAAGACGACGAGGCGCGCGCGCGCGAGGAGGAAGAAAAGAUGAGGCCGAAGGAGGGUCGCCGGAGAAAACGCGAAAAGACGCAGGAGGAGCGAUCGCGGGAACUCGACGAGGCCCGACGGGGGGUUGCCGAGGCAGCCGCAGCCAGCAGCGAGGUCUCAGAAGAAUGCGAAAAAAUCGCUGCGCAGAUCCAAGAACUGGAGAGCGCCUUCACGUCGCACAUGCUGCGCUGCGAGCUCUACGUCUGCUUCCUGGGCGACUUGCUGCUGUCGCACCCCGCGCUGCUUCAGAGUGAGGCCGCGCGCCAGGCGCCUCCCGCGUCGCAGGGCGAGGGCGCCGAAAAGUCUGCCUCUCUGCUGAAUCUGCUUUGGCACAUCGCGACGGGCGAGGAGGCCUCCACGAAGCAGCUGCAGAGCAUGACCCUCGCGGUGCUGCUGAAGCUCCUCGUCCUCCCUUUGGCAGAGGAUGAGCGCGACGCGGGCGGCGCGGAGCGAAAUGAAGACAAGGCGCAGGUCGACGCGGCGCUCACGCAGCUGCAGCGCGUCGCGGCGGAUCGCCUCAGAGUCCUGAUGGAAGUCGUCUACCUGCAGCCGACUCUCGAGAGCGGCACGCGAGAAGUCAUGAAUUACGUUCAUUCUUCGUCCGUGUGGGGUUACUCGGCAGACACGAAGUUGUUGUGCUUCACGAUUUUGCAGUGCUUUGCGUCGCCACUUCUGCCCGCCCCGAGCGCGCGGACAGCCUUCGGCGCGCUCUUCGGGGCCUGUCGCCACCUUGCGGCUCACGGGCUUCGCGGAGUGUUUUCGCUGCACCUCACGCUGCAGCAAGAGCGACGGAAGACGCGCGACGUGGUCUCGGGCGCGGUCGCCGUCGCGGGGGGCGAAGAGGAGCUUCUUCGCUUCCUCGAGGAAGUGGCGGGCACGUCGCUCGCCUCGACUGCGUUCUGCCCCGACAGCGGCGCCCUCCUCCCUCCCCUAGCCAAGAUGGGCAAAGACCUCAAGAAGCUCCUCCUCUUCAUCGUCCGCGUCUUCCGCCACGCCUGCUUCGCGUUCGCCGUCGCCAGUCUCGGCGGGGACUGCGGCCUCGCGAGGAAGCGGCGCGACGCCGAGCGCCUUUCUUCCGCGCCGGCUGAGAGUGAAGCCGAGAAGGCUGGGGCGAGCGCGACGCGCGAGACGACCGAGGACGAAGGCACCCGAGAGGCGGGUGCGGAGAAGGAAGCCUGGAAUCAAGCGAAGGAGUACGUCACACGGUACCUGGAGCUCUUGAUUGUGCUUCUUCUCGUGGCGGAGGAGUACCGACGGCCUCUUCUCCUGCUGCAGGCGUCUUGGCGCUUCUUUGACCUGGUCAGCUUCGCGAUCUCGGGAUGGGUGGAGGCCCCUGGCGGGGCGGCCGAGCACGCUGGGCGCGCAGAUGAACCGAAAGCCGAGAAGUUCAAGUCCCUUGUCGAGAUUCACGCCGCGUGCGACGCACCAGGAUGUCUCACGCUUCUCGUUGUCGUUCACCGCCUUCUCCGCGAUCUGCUUGAGUCCGUGCGCAGCGCCUCAUGCGAGGCGUCGCUGCGCAGCGCGUCGAGCUGCCGGCAAGUCGAGAAGACUUUGUUUGACAGCCUUGAGAAGCUGCGCGCGACGCUCUUGGCUCUCGCAGCUGAGCACGCCGCGGAGCUCUCCCCCCUCGCUUGCGAAUGCGAGGAGGCCGAGAGGCGCGCGCAGACGGACGACGAGGCGCCAGGCGCCGGCGAGCUCGAAGGCGCGGCGAAGAAGCGGAAGGAGGAGAAGAUUGCGCGGCUAGUCAAGAGUCUCCUCGAGCGAGAGAGCUGCGCAGAUCUCGCACAGAGAAUGAAGGAAAGCCAUCACUACGCGGUGCAGGAGCAAAUAGCUGCAGAGAGCGAAACUUUCUCGUCCCCGUUUCUCACUUUCCCAUUCGCGGCGCUCGACGCGCAGCUCGCCGCGCUGGCUGCGCAGGAGACGCUGCAGACGCGUCAGCGGAAGGUGGCGGCCCGCGAGCGACGUCUCGAGGAAGGCGACCUCGAGAGCUCGGAGGACGAAAUCGAGGACGCGCCGGCGCGGAGAGUCUCCGCGCCGCGCAGAUGCAAACAGGAGCCUAAGCCAACGCUCUCUGCGCACCCCCGGAGGCGAGGGAGACGCGAAAGCGAGGACGAAAGCGAGGCGACGUCGAGCGAAGACGAGGGAUACCAAGAAGGCAGCGCCAGCAGCGGAGAGAGCCAGGAGGACGGGCGACGCCGAGACCGGCGAGCUGUGAGGGAGAAAUCGCCGGCAAAAAAGCACAGCAAAAAGGCCAAGAGAGACGGCGGGCGAACCGCGGCAGACGACAGCGAAGGGGCAAAGCGAACAGCAGCUGCGCGGCGAGUGAAGCUCGAGAGGCUGUCCAGUUCAUCGGCGGAGAGUGCGAGUGGCGCACGUCUGCGGAGAGGCAGGAAGCGGGAAGAGGACGAAGAGAGCUUCCGCUCGGCCUAUUCGUGGAGGAACGACGGCGACGACAGCGUCUCGGAGCGCGAGUGA